GUGAUAGUAAUAGUAGAGCAACGACCAGUUCAUGCUGGUGACGGUCUCUUUUGCAUCCCUUUCUUCACCGAAGUAUGACCACCGUCUUCCGGAAUUGUCGUGUCUUUGCGCCAUCAUCCGCAAAAGAUGGCCAUGAGUUCGCCAACGGAAUGAUCAUCGACACCGACCAGAUUUCCUACGUCGGAUCCCUAGAUGAGGCAGAUAUUCCAAACGAAGCAACCGUCAUUGACCUAGACAAUCGCAUUGUGAUUCCCGGCUUUAUUGAUGCGCAUGUUCAUAUCUUGAAAUACGGCCACUCCCUUCGCAAAGUGAACCUCAUCGACUGCACCUCCCUCCAGCAGAUCCGAGAAACCAUCAAGGCAUACGCGGCAGCAAACCCGUCGGCUCCUUACAUCUUGUGCCGGGGAUGGAUUCAGUCAUCUACCAAGGGCAUUGCCAUUGCAAGCAUGCUGGAUGAUCUCGAUUCCCGGCCGAUUCUCAUCGACUCUCUCGAUCUCCACUCGAUGUGGUGCAAUUCUGCUGCUCUUGAUAAAAUGCAAGCGCACACGGCGUCGGACCCCCCUGGCGGCACGAUUCAUCGGGACGAGCACGGUCGUGCCUCGGGUCUGCUGGAUGAGUCGGCUGUCGUGAGUCUUGCUUGGCCGUUUGUAGAGACUCUAUACUCCACGGCGGACAAAAUCAGUGCUUUGGACACCGCAGUCUUCUCAUACACCGCCGCCGGCUACACUGGAGUCGUCGAUAUGGCCAUGGACGAGGAUUCCUGGAGUCUUCUUGAGCAGUAUCGCCAGGAAAAGCACGUUCCGUUUCACAUCGCAGCCCACUGGCUCGUUCCCUUCUCAGAUGACCAACAAGCACACCUCCGCUUCGUCGACCGCGCCAUCGAGCUGAACAGACAAUACAGAGAUCCCACCUUCACCAUCGUCGGAAUCAAGCUUAUCUGCGACGGGGUGGUCGACGGGUGCACUGCCGCUCUACAGCAGCCAUACAGCGGGAAACUGGACCCCGUUGAACCGAUCUGGCCAGCCAACAUGCUUCGAGAAGUCGUGCAGCGCGCCGAUGCCGCCGGCCUCCAAUGCGCCAUCCACGCCAUCGGCGACAAGGCCAUCCACCAAGCCAUCAACGUUCUGGCCGAAGUCGGCAGCCCCGGCCGCCGCCACCGGAUCGAGCAUCUCGAACUGUCGACCUCCGAGGACGCAAAGCGCCUCGGUGAGCUGGGAAUCACUGCUUCCGUGCAGCCCGUGCACUCGGACCCGGCUCUCUUCAAGGCAUGGCCCGGCCUGAACGGGCCGGAGCGGUGCAAACGCGCCUUCGCGUACAAGGAGUUUUUAGACGGUGGCGCUCCGCUUGCGAUCGGAACUGAUGCGCCUACCGCCCGUCACUCCCCCUUUCCAAAUCUCUACAAUGCGACGACCAGACGGUCAGCCCUGGAGCUGGGGACGAGCGAGACCGUCAACCCUCACUUCGGACUGAGCUUGGCCGAGGCCGCGACUGCUGCUACGACCGGCGCGGCGUACGCACGAUUUGCGGAGAAGUGGACUGGGAGUUUGAAGGAGGGGUUGAGCGCGGACUUUUUGGUGGUGGAUAUGCAGUGGACAUCUCAGGCGCUCCUGGAGGCGAAGGUUUUGCAGACUUGGUAUCGGGGGAAGAAGGUUUAUGAUGCGGGGGUGGGAAGCAAGAGGAUAGGCGAUUGAGGAAUGGUUGCAAGAAGAAGUUAUGUGGUUCUCCAGCAUCGAGGCAGAAUACUCACUGUAAGGUACAGCAGAAGCAAGGAUGGCUGCACUCUUUUUGCGAAAGACUUCGCGGUCAGUAAGGAUACUAGUAGUCAGGUUCCCUCCUACAGCUACAUGCUUGGUUAUAAUAUCUAGAAUG